ACAUCUCCUGGUUGAGCCCAGGCUCUCCAGAUGCGCAAAGCCCCUUCCCUCCACCCCGGCCCACCCCUUCCACGUAGAAACAGCGCCUCCCAUUCAUUGGGAGCUGGGCGGGCCCCUGCAGAAGAUCUAAAGCGCACGGGGAGCGGGGUCGGCGCUGCGCUGCCUCGCCGCUUGCCCGCGCCCCCGGCUGGGUCCAAACAAGAAGAUGGAGUGUCAAAAAAUUACCAAUUUUGGAAACCAGCUCCUUCGUCGGAAAAUUGUGGACUGCACUCGAGAAGACAGUCGCCUCUCGCGAUGCCUUAACACGUUUGACUUGGUGGCUCUGGGUGUGGGCAGCACUUUGGGUGCAGGUGUCUAUGUGCUGGCUGGAGCUGUGGCACGGGAGAACGCGGGGCCUGCCAUCGUUAUCUCCUUCUUGAUUGCCGCCUUGGCUUCAGUGCUGGCCGGACUCUGCUACGGAGAAUUCGGAGCUCGAGUUCCUAAGACAGGAUCAGCUUAUCUCUACAGCUACGUGACUGUGGGUGAGCUGUGGGCCUUCAUCACAGGGUGGAAUCUAAUCCUCUCCUAUGUUAUUGGUAAGUGUGGUGGGUGUGCUGCAAGACCCUAGCUUUAGUUCGAGGUGACAGCCUGGCCUGUAAGGUCACCCUUGUUUGGAUGCCUGUGUUACUGUUACAAAAUAGAUACUUCAUUCUUGCACUCACCGAGGAUAUCAGGACUCAUCAGUGGGAUGCGUUUCUGAUGGCUCCUGCCACCUGGUGAGGUGAGUGGUGUGCUGCUGGCUGAGGGCUUAUUGCUGCUGGGAAUCCCUCUGAAUCUCCACCUCAUUCCUCUGGCUUCCCCUGGCUGCUGCACACUUGCUAGGGUGCAAGGUCCUUUCUCAUCCUCUCUGCUGAGAAAGGAGCUGCUCACAGAAAUACGCUUUUAUACAGAGCAUCUGUACUCACAGCUGAUCAAGGAUUAAUUCUGGUGCCUUUGGGAUCUAUUUAAAGUAUCUGGAGAUAAGAGUUUUGUCUUGUGAAUUGCUGCAGAAUUAAUCUUGAGAUGAUCUGUGGGUUCACAGUCUCUGGAAAAUACAAACCAAAUCCCUUCUAAGCUCUUGACUCCCACUAGGAGAGGCCCUGGAUCAAGCUCAGAGCAUGCGCUGUGCAACUCAGCUGAUGCAUUAAAACUAAGCCACACUUUGCUAAUUAAGGAUUGGUGUCUUUUCAAGCACAUUCUGGGCAGGCUGCUUGUUAUCACGCCUCUAAGGCUGCAACAGACUCUCCAAUUGAGACUGAAAGCUUGCUAGUUAAACUGAAAGCCAACUGUAUGCAGAAUUACUAAAGGGAGUUGGUUUUUUUAAAAUGCUUUUUAUGGGAUUUGUAAGCAUUACCUUGGAAUUUAGUUUCCAUGGUGCUUGGAGGGUAAGAUCAUAUCAAGAACAUAGUGGCGUAGCAGCUGUCUGUCUGAGAUCAUGCUGGCUUUCUUCUGUUACCUGAAAUAUUUUUCUCUUCUCCUCCUCCUUCUUUUAAAAGAAAAAAAAAAAAAAGAAAAAAAAAAAAAAAAAAGAGAAGAUGAAAAGCCAGAGUCAAUUAAACUUCUCUCCUUAAGAAAUCAGAGUCCUAUAGCUGUUUUGUGAAUUACAUUCACUGCAAGGAGUAGAUAAAAAUUUUUAAAAAAGUAAAUCUAUAAUUUCCUCCAGACUUCUAUGAUGGACUCUGCUUAGGCUACACAUAGAAAAAUCGAACAGACUUCUUGGUAAUUUUUCUUCUGUUCCAGAAAGGUAGUGAUAAAUCGUCUCCUUCAUGCCCUUCAUCUAGUUGGUUUUGGGGCCCUUCCUACCAUGAUACUGGACCACCAAAAUGAGUGACAUAGCCGUGGUUGCUGUCCCAAAACAGAUUCUGCAAAUGUACAAUGAAAACAUUUGCCUACUGAAUGUUCUACUCCAAAGAUCUGGGCUCAGAGUGGUAUUUCUGAGAUUUUUUUAUUCCCUCUCAUAAUGGAUUUUGAACAACUGCCUCAGUUCUUAUUUCAGAGUUGACUGCUCACUGUAUUGUCACAAGGCAGAAAAUUCAGUAAAAAAUAAGUUGAUACUAUCCAUGAAUGUGUUCAAAUGCAACUUCCUUACUUUUAUUUCAGUCCUGUGUCAAGAAUGUGUAUUUGCAAAGUAUCUUUCUCAUAAUUUGUGAGAAAGGGUGGCUAAGGUGGAAAAACAUUGUGGGAGGAUAAGAGGUAUAGGAGGUCUCUUUAUCUUACCCAGCUUUUCUUUCAGAGCUAAUUGCCCCUCUUGUGAGCAAGGACAACUCCCAGCAGCUUCUGGGGCGUGGAGGAGAAAGAUAUGUUGGCUGCCACUGUAAGGCCCCAAUUAACUCGCUCUGUGAGACUUUUGAAAGUGUUUAUAAUGGCUCCUGUACUCUGGGUUAGGCACACGGGAGAAAUACAGACCAGAUAUUCUCAAGAGGUCAAAAGAACACAGAAGUUUACUGGCAGACUUUUGAAAAAUCAGGAAACUUUGGCUAAGGAUGUAGUACAACAUCUGAUCAACAUAAAACAUUUCUCACAGCAUUAAUUUAGCCAACUUUGCAAACUUUAAAUCUCUUCCAUGUUAAGUUACUCAAAAUCUUCCAAGAAGAGGGAAUUAGAAGGAGUGAAAGUCAGAGAAGAUAUAGAAAAGCACACAUAGCUGCACCAAUGCCUGGGUUCCAGCAGUGUUCAGAUACAAACUCCAAGGGGAAGGUAAAGUCAAGAUGCACUGCACUCAUGCUCAGCCUUAAAAACCCUUGGGCCUUUGUGGGCCUUCCCCCAGAUGGGGCUUCUGGUCAUUUGGACCCUCAGGAGCUGGUUAGGCAGAGUGGAGCCCUGCCCCUGGUCUGCCAGUGCAGGGCUGGAAUAGAGGCUGGGGGGUGUGGGGGCAGAGCACUGCCUCACCAGGGCAAAGCUUCACCUGCUCACUCUCACACACACAGGCAUCCCUAAAUGUCCUGAGGCAUCAGUCCUUCCAGUCUCUGACAGGUGCAUGCUGCACUUCAGAGCCAGGGCUUGAGAGGGGCAGAAAGCCACUUUUUUUUUCUUAAUCUUGCUGACAAAAUGCCAAGCAGUGCAUUGAAAAUGUGCAUCUGUAAGGGGCUCAGCCAGCUUGGUGCUUUCAUGCUGAGGUUCUCAAACAUCAGCUCAGGAAGUAUUAUGAGGGUGGAAAAAGAAAUCCUGGGGUCCCAAGGAUGGGAGGCCAGUAGCUUUUAAUUAAUCAAAGUGACUUGACUUGGGGGAAGGCUUGUGUGGAGUCUUGGAGGUGGGUGAUGAGAAAAAAAUAGGCAUGCAACUGAUCAGUUGUGGUCUAGAGAGAGGAAGAAAGAUGUCCCAGGACCAGGAUCUGUGAACUUUCUUCUGGGAUGAUGUGGGUUUGUGGUACUGUGCCAGAUUGUGGAUGUGUUUCAGGAACUAGAAACUGGUGGGAAUUAGUAGUGUGAUGAGUAACAGUGUCUCUGGUAAGCAGUUGCUGCUGGGCUUUCCUGGCACUUGGUGACCUUCUUGACCUUGGCUGUUACUGCAGCGAACCCAGCACUGGAGCUCUGCAGUUCUCCUGGGAGCUGUGUGCUGUAGGCAGGAGCCAAAUCUGCUCUGGUGAGGCUUUACUGACCCAGAACUAGUAAAUCCUCCUGAGCACUGUGCUUUCUAAUAACAGCAAGAGAUUAUCCAGGUGUCUGCGUUGUUGAAAGAAUGUCAAAUUCCCUCUGCUCCCUCAAGCCUGUUGGUUACAGAGAGUUCCAGAUAAUGGCUGAUAGUUAUGUGGAACUGGCAUCCAAGCAGCUGGCAUCUAACAUAACACAUGCAGGAAGGAACUGGGUGUUCCCAUCCCAGAACGUGAAAUAUUAGAGCUAGGACAAAAAAAUAUCACUAAAAUAGUUUUUUUUGUCAAAUCGUGCCAAAGCUAACUUGAAAAAUUGUAAUGUGCUAUAUGAUAACUUUUGCGAUUUCUCAAGAUUAAAUUAAAGGCAGUGAUGUCCAAACUCUUUAAAAGUGUUCACACUGUGCACUUUUCUGUCUUGGUGAACAGAAGAGUCUCCCAACAGGCCUGUUCUGCAGCUUAAUUUUUAUGCUGUUGCAAAGCUGGAUGGGGCAGGUGAGUGUUCCCAGCUGUGCUGCAGGUGCUGCCCACCGAUGCUGCAGAGGAUUUGCCUGUAGGUGAGCACAGACAUUGUUUGCCAGGAUUGCAGGUGCUGGAGUUGGGACCUGAACACCCACUCACAGGUGAGUGUGGCAGGACAGACUGUUCUGGGUGGAAAGGGGCCCCUGAGGGCAUCCUCUGAGGAGCUGCUCUGCAAGCCAAGCCAAGCCAAGCUCUUUUUUAAACUAGGUAAUUAUGUACAGUAAUAAUUAUGAUAUGCAGUUAGUUGCUGUUACGUGCAGUGUAUGUACUGUAUAAGACACUGGGAGUGUAACAGUAGCCACGUUAACACAGCAGAAGUUGGCUUUUACGCAAUCCCACUUAUUUUACAAAAUGCUGUCAUGGUCUGGUGAUGGCUCUUUGUUGUUACUGUUUCAGUUCUCUAAAAUGACUUUUAUGGCCCAGACACUGUCCCCAACUUGCAUAAGACCCCAGGUUCAGUCCUCAUCCCAGCAAGCUGCAUGUAGUUGGAUGCACUCAAAUGGAAGCAAAAAGUGGCCCCAGAGGGCAAAGCCUGAGCACUUGCUGCAGGCAGGAGCUGUUCCACUUGCUGUGGUCAUCACCAGCAUUCUGCAACAGGCUGACUUAUGCUCAGAUGACACGUAAAUUGUAUCUGAGUCUUUUUCCUGCUUGGAUAUUCUAGCACAGGGGGUCACAGCAGACCUGAGUGUUGCCAGAGUGCAGAGCUGGCCACUGGUGUGGUCCAGGCUCUGGUGUUCCAGCAUUGCUCUGCUGGAGGGCAGCUGGAUUCUGUAAGGUCUCUCUCCUUGGACUGCAGCCACCUAACUGGAGCUGCCAGGGACUUCUGCCAGCAUUAAAUUUGGACCUCUCUGGUAACAGAAAUUACCAGGUUUGGAGGAAGGUCAGGCCCUUAGGGGUGUAAGGAAAAGGUCAGUCAGGGCAGUAUCUAGAGCAAAGUUGAGGUUUGCAAAGAAGGCAGACUAAAAGGAUUUUUCUCAUCUUGUCAGCUCAGCAUGAGUCUGAGGCCCACCACCUGUGUGUGUUACCAUCAGAGCAGAUGCCAAGCAUGAACCCAGGCUGUGGGCUGGGUAUGGAGAGGAAAGGCUACUCCCAGCACCUGGGAGCACAUGCAAGGAACCUCGAGUGUGGCCAGAGCCUGGAGUGCGACGUUUGAUGAAAUCAUAGGGCAGCACAUUGAAAAAUUUUGUAAAAAAUACAUGACGAUGGAUGCUCCUGGAGUGCUAGCAAAAUAUCCAGACAUCUUUGCUGUGGUGAUAAUCAUCAUCCUAACAGGGCUUUUAGCUUUUGGCGUGAAAGAAUCUGCCCUGGUGAACAAAGUGUUCACCUGCAUCAAUGUCCUUGUCCUUGGAUUUGUCGUGAUCUCCGGCUUUGUGAAAGGAUCUGGUAAAAACUGGAACCUGACUGAACAGGACAUUUACAACACCAGCCAUAGCAUUUUCAAAGACAAUCAAACACAGGAAGAAAAGCUCUACGGUGUAGGAGGGUUUAUGCCCUAUGGAUGGAAAGGAGUCCUCUCAGGGGCAGCCACGUGUUUUUAUGCUUUUGUGGGAUUUGACUGUAUUGCUACUACAGGUGAGGAGGUAAAAAACCCUCAGAAGGCCAUUCCUAUUGGCAUUGUGGCAUCUCUUCUCAUCUGCUUUGUGGCUUAUUUUGGUGUGUCGGCUGCCCUGACGCUCAUGAUGCCUUACUACCAGCUGGAUACCAAUAGCCCUUUACCCAAUGCCUUUAAAUAUGUGGGUUGGGAUGGAGCCAAUUAUGCAGUGGCUGUUGGUUCCUUGUGUGCACUUUCUACAAGUCUCCUUGGAUCCAUGUUUCCAAUGCCUCGAAUAAUUUAUGCUAUGGCAGAAGAUGGACUUCUGUUUAAAUUUUUGGCUAAAGUCAACGAGAAGAGAAAAACUCCCUUAAUUGCAACAGUGACAUCAGGAGCUACUGCAGCUGUUAUGGCCUUUCUCUUUGACUUGAAAGAUCUUGUGGACCUCAUGUCCAUCGGGACCCUCCUGGCUUACUCCUUGGUAGCAGCAUGUGUGUUGGUAUUGAGGUACCAGCCAGAGCAGCCUAAUUUGGCAUACCAGAUGGCUAGGUCAACAGAGGAGACAGAUAACAAUGAGUCUGUGAGUACCAGUGAGUCCCAGGCUGGGUUUCUGCCAGAGGAAGAGGAGAAGUUUUCCUUCAAAGCCAUACUGUGUUCCACAGAUUCAGAUCCUUCCAAAUUCUCUGGUUCAGUAGUGAACGUCUCAACCUUCAUCAUUGGUUUCCUUAUUGUGGGUAUCUGUAUCCUGACUUCCCUUGAGCCAAACAUUCUGAUAAACACUAUACAGAUUAUUGCCGCCAUCCUUGUUGUCACUAUCAUCUUCAUUAUACGGAAACAGCCCGAAAGCAAAACCAAACUCUCCUUUAAGGUACCUUUUCUGCCCUUUCUUCCUGUUGGGAGUAUUUUUGUGAAUGUUUACCUCAUGCUGCAGCUAGAUGCAGGCACAUGGAUUCGAUUUGCAAUCUGGAUGCUCAUAGGCUUUAUCAUCUACUUUACCUACGGGAUAUGGCACAGUGUGGAAGCCAGCUACGCAGCCUCAGCAGAAGUGGAGAGAAACACAGACACUGGCUCGGACAGCUGUAAAUGACUGUUUGGCUUAUGGGCAACUGAAAGAAUGGCUGCAGUGAAAGAAACUUUGUGGUGGGGAUCCUGAGCCAGAUUUACACCUGUGAUCAGUUGUGCAGGAAUAAGGAAGAGGAAUGCAGGCCUCUCCAACUUGGUUACUGCAGCUUGCAGUUUGUUUAGCAGCACAGUUUAAAGGGACCACAAGAUGAAAAGACACAACUCUGGCAUAUUCCCAGCAGCACUGGCAGCUCAUCUGGGGCAUUUCCCUCUCUCCCUCUCCUGUUUUUUUUUUUUUUUUUUUUUUUUUUUUUUUUUUUUUGUUUGUUUGUUUUAUCCCAGUGUGUAGAAAGAGAACUGCUUCUGUGUGCAAAUGCUGCUAUGAAACCAGGCCUCACAAAUGUCCUUCUUUCAGUAGCCCCGGGAAUUACCUCCCCACAGAUACCCUACUCGAUUAUACCUGGAGCAGAUUUUGCAGUGCUACUGUCAGGCAUAGACCAGGACCCAUCCAUCCUUCACCCUCUGUGUACGCACACAAAAAAAAAGGGUUCUCACAAACGCUAGAUUUCACCAGGUUAACAAAGCGCCUGCAAGAUUUGCAUUCUUUAAAAUAUCAGGUCUUACCUUUUGUUGUAUUUAACUGGGUGUUAAAUGUGCUCACAUGCUUUAAAGCAUGUCACUGCUGUGAAAUGUUGGGAAGGUUUGUAGUUGCUGAUUGUCAGGUGAGUGAUUGCUCGUCAGCACACAGGUAACAGCAGCAGGUGUUUCUCCCAACUGUGCAGUCCACAAAGGAAUUGCCAGCUUGAGUCAGGAAACCAUGUGGUGCAAGUACUGCAAAGGCUUGAAAACAACCGGUGUCUCCAAAGAGCAGUCCUGCCUCUUUGCCUCAGAAAACACCAGUGCUGUGGCUGUAGUGGUGGGAGUGGCCAGCAGCACUGAGCUAGCUCUGAUAGCAAAUGGAGCCCUGUGUUCCUCCUCCCACAUCAGUUUUGUGUGCUGGCUGCCUGGCAUUAGCAACUUGGGUUUGGCAUUGGCAGGUGGAGCACAUUCCUGCCCUGGGAAGGGAAGCACAGGAGGAUCCUCAGAGGCAUGAAGUUCUUACAUGGGCAGUGCCUGGUGUUUGCUCCCUGCCCAGGGGAGCCUGUGGGGUUGUGCAGGGGCUUCUCAGUCCCAGCAGAGCAGGCAGCCCAGAAAACACCAUCAAGCUCUAGGGUCUGACUGACUUGCUGAGGGGAGCUUUCCCUUUGGGGCUGGAGCCUCCCUGUAGUGAAAGGCAGAAAAUCUGGAGUUGAGACCAGGGUCUUUAUUUGAUUGGCAAUGUCUUGGUUUUGGCUGUGAUUUUUUUGUUUUAAUUCUUUCUAAUAGCUUUCCCUAGCCAAAUUAAUCCACUACCCUAAAAAGGCUUAUUAAAGCACCGUGAAGGUGAGCCAUGCCCUAGUAAUGCCACUGAUCUAAAUUAAUGCUUCAGCUUGUACUGAAAAACAAAUCAGACUUGUGGAAUGGUUUGGGUUGGAAAGGGACCUUUGAAGAUCAUCUGGUCCAGCUUACCUGACAUCAAUAGGGACAUCUUUAACUAGAUCAGGUUGCUCAAAACCCUGUCCAUCCUGCUCUCAAACACUUCUGGGGUUUGGAGCAUCCCUGAUAGAUACUGCAGAAAUCCCCUUUCCCAAUGUGAGUGGAUGCUUUCCUAGGUGGAUGAUUUUCAUACUACUGCCUCUGAACACUGGACAAUCUUUAAUUUGUUUGUCAGCAUGGCUCUUGCUGAUGAAGUGACAGGCUGUUGUAUCUGUCAUUGAGUUGGAGAACUGAACAGACCCCCUGCAUGACUUGCCCAGGGUCUCACCAGGCAUCUGAUGCAGCAGAAGGGGGAAUCCGACCAUCUCCUGGAUUACAUGGCUGGAUUGUGGACCAUUUCUUGUGUUUCCAAAAGACUUUAUAGCCUUUCUGCCCACUGAAGAGUUUUAAUCUUUUAAUUCUAGUACACUGGGAGGCUUUUCUUGUUAGGAUUGGAAUUUGAGGAAGUGAAAGUACUGUGUUUAUUGCCUCCUAGGUGCACUCCAGAGUGUGCUAUGAGUGCAGCUUCCCCUCAGAAUGAAGUAAGUUGGGGUUCUGCUCCAGCUGCUGGGUCUUGACCAUCCACCCAGCCUUUGCUCCUCGUGCAUAUACAAAGUCUUACAUGAACAGGGAGAGAUGAAUAUAGAAUUUAAAACCCACUAAGUUGAAGUCUAUUUUGUUUAAACACAGGCAAGGCCGACACACUCCACAGCCUCCCAAAAGGCACUGAAAAUGUGGUGGGAGGGCAACUCAGACAGGAUCAAAGUUUUGUAUUGUACUAAAAAUAUAAGGAUGUUUUUUUCCUACUUGGCUACCAGCUUUUGUUCAAUGAAAACAUGGAGCUUGUGUCCUUGCAAAGCUUCAUCUGCACUGAGCAAGCUGCGGCCUGGUGAAAAAUCUUUCAGGAGCAUGUUACCAGGCACAUUUCUGAGGUGGGGUAUGACCUGGUCCCUUUUUAAUCCUUGUGGCAAAUCCUGAGUGGCUCUGUGGCUGUCAGCAGGAGGGCAGGGGACAGGGUAUUGAAACUGAGAGAACUGGAAUAUUGGGGAGUUCAGGUGUUUUCUGAUGAGCCUGACCCACUGACAGGAAUGUUCCUGUUAACCACAUGCUGCAUCAUGACACUUUAAUGGAAACAUUGCAGACCACACUCAGUAUUCUGGGAACUCCAGUGAUAUUGGAAGCAUCUUAGAAAAUGAGUCCAUGGAAACUGAGCCUGUGAGCCACUGUCAGGUAAUGCAGCUGACCAGCCCUGCUGCCAGGAAGCUACUGGCUAUCUGGCUUCAGCCUUUACCUUAAUGGGGUAACCCUCUAGUGGGGUUUUGCUUUGUUUCCCAUUCAUCCCAGUUUCUGUGUGCAGAGAAAACAGAGCAGGACAUGCUGAUCUGUAUGCACCAGCCCAUAGGUGCACUGGUGCACGGAUUUAUUAUCAGGAAUAUAUUACACUUAUCUGUACAUCAUCAUUGAAAUAAUACAAACUCUUCCUGUAAUCAUUAGCCACAUAAUAAAUGGGACCACAGAACUCCUGCUGCAUGGGAAACUGUACAGAGGCUCCUCACAGUGUCCAUGGGACACAACCACCAUCAGUGCAGAGACAAAAUACCUGAUUUUGCACUUGACAGUUUUUCCUUUCCUCCCCUGCCUGCUACCACCACAAGCCUUUGCUGCUGGGCAUCAACUGAGUCAACCCGUCUGUGCCAGCAGUCACUGGAGGUGCAAUCCCAGUGGGGCCAAAUGGUACCUUCCCACAAUAAAAAGGAGUUUUCCAUGCCCCCUGCUGGCUCUCCUGCCAUCCCAUGGCUGAUACCUGCUCCCAGUGCCCAUGUCUGGAACCCUUUGGGAGCAGCUGUAGGCUCGUUUUAUUGCUGCUGCACCCUUCUGCAUUGAGUAAAGAUUAACAAAAUCAAACAGCUUCCUUAAAGACAGAGAUGAUAAAACCCUUUCUGCUUGGUGCUGGCUACAUUCCCUCUCCUGCCAAAGGCCAUCCUGUUUCCAAAUGGGAAAGUCCCCACAGUGGCAGUGGUGUUCGGGAAGUUUCCAGCCCUGCAAAAGCAAACACUUCCCCUUGCUUGUCUUUGAACAGGGAUGGCCAAGGAGCAAGGACUAGAGCUAUGGCCCCUACCCUGCUGGGAAUCAAGCUCACCUUGCAUGGUUGCAGCUCCCUGCCAAGAGCAGGGCUUCCCAGCUUGGCCAUACACACCUGAGGAUCUUCAUUUCCUGGGAAUGGCUGCCCUGCUCAGGGGCUGCUCCCUUCCUCCCACUGUCUGAGUGCCCUGGGCUUUUCUUUCACACCUACUUCAGUAUGCAGAGGCAAAGAAAGACAGGACAGAGGAAAAGUAUAAAAGAGGAAUAACCUUUUUUGGGGAAAAAAGUCUGUGUUUCUGGGCUUGCACCAGAAGGAGCCACUCUUCACACCUGCCACAGGGACAGGUAGCUGAGACCCUCUGGUUAGGCAGAACUUCCUGCAGCUUUGCUAGUGAUAGGGCAGGCCCCAGAGGGUGUGCCAAGGAAGAAUCCAGUGAGAGGCAGGAUUGGGAGGCAAAAAUUAGAUGGGAAAGGGAUUGGCAAUGAUACCAAAUGAUGGUGGAGCUGGGUUUAGCCCCCGUUUUCCCACCAUAAAAGCCUCACUCCCAAUUCACUGCUGGAAGCAUCUCUUGAAUAUGACUUUAAACCAACAAAGUAAUAAGGUAAGCACCAGGUAUAAUGGGGAAAGAUGAAUAAAUUACAACAGGUUCAGCCAGCCUGUCCUGGGCCAAUAAUAUGCUUUAGUGCAUUUAAAGUUUUGAGUAGCAUCAAGGUAACAACUCCAGGUGUAUGAUCUCAACCAUUUUUACAAAGGGUAAAAAGGAGAAUGCUAGAAACUACCAACAAUCCACUCUGACUAAUGUGAUGGCCUCUGCAAUGGUGUGAUUGUGCUGGUGAGUGGGGGAUGAGCAGCUGAUGUCAUCUCCCUGGACUCUGCAAGGCCUUUGACAUAGUCCCACACAGCAUCCUAACCUGGGGAGAUACAGCUUUGUUGGAUGGAAGCUGGAUAUGGAAUUGGCUGGAUGGUUGCAUCCAGGACAGCUCAAUGUCCAAAUGGCAGUGGGUAAGAAGUGGUGUCCCUCGGGGGUCAGGGUUGGGACUGAUACUGUGCAAUGUCUUAAAUGACAUAGACAGUGGGAUCAGGUGCAUCCACAGCAGGUCUGUGGAUUGGCACCAAGUGAGUGGUUCAGUUGGUACACUGGAAGGAGGGGAUGCCAUCCAGGGGGACCUGGACAGGCUUGAGAAGUGGGGCCAUGUGGACAUCAUCAGGUUCAGCAAGACCAAGUGCAAGGUCCUGCACCUAGGUGGGGGCAAUCUGUGGUAUGAAUACAGGCUGGGGGAUAAAGAGAUUGAGAACAGCCCUCCUGAGAAGGACUUGGGAAUACUGGUAGAUUAGAGGCUGGACAUGGGUGCUCAAAGCCCAGGAAGUCAGCUGUAUCCUGGGCUGCAUCCAAAGCACUGUGCCCAGCAGGGCAAGGGCAGGGAUUCUGCCCUUCUGCUCUUGUGAGACCCAACCUGGAAUGCUGUGUCCAGCUCUGGGGAAAAUAAGGACAUGGACAUCUUGGAGUGAGUCUAGAGGAGGGCCACACAGUUCUUAGAGGGCUGGAGCACCUCUUCUAUGGAGACAGGCUGAGACACUUGGAAUUGUUCAGCCCGGAGAAGAGCAAACUCAGGGGAGAUCUUUUAGCAGCCUUCCAGAACCUCAAGGGGGCCUGUAAGAAAAAUGGAGAGACUUUUUACCAGGGUCUGUAGUGAAAGGACAGGGGACCACAGUUUUAAAUUGAAAGAGGAUAGGUUUAGAUUGGACAUAAGGAAGAGAAUUUUUGUAGUGAGAGUGGUAGGAUACUGGAACAGGUUGCCCAGAGAAGUUGUGGAUACCCCAUUCCUGGAAGUGCUCAAGGCCAGGUUGGAUGAAGCUCUGAGCAACCUGGGCUGGUGGAAAGUGUCCCUGCCCAUGGCAGUGGGGGCUGGACUAGAUAGUCCUAAAGUUCCCUUCUAACCCAAAUCAACCUAUGAGUCUGUGAUCUCACUGUAUCAGAAUUAUAAAAGUGGAAUGAAAGAUGACAAUGCUGUAGGUGUUGCAAAUAGCUGUGCAGUUAGCAAGUAUCAAAAUGAUUAAAGUUGUACUUGGCAAGAAGGGGCUUUGUGUGCAUGUGCGUGCCAGCUAUCUACCUUUCAGGUUGUACUUGCUGGACACACUAAAAUCUAACAAUGCAUUUCAACAGUAGUAGCUGGUGUGGCAUGAUCUAUUCUAACAAGAUGCUCAAUUUACUCAGUAUCACAGUACCAUGCAAAAGCUGCUACAAAAAUAAAUUUCUCUAAAAAGGAGAGAAAAAAAAUCAUCUUUCUUUUUAACACUGUGGAACAGGCCACAGGUGCUUUGAUGGUGGUUGAAGCUGUAUCUAAGCUGCAGUCUGUGAAUCCUGAGUAUUUCCCAGGAAAGCUGAAGCACAGCUCCCACUCGAGCAGGAUGGCAGGGCUGUGCAAUGCCAGCCCUGUGGGUGCAGGGUGUGCUGGUGAGAAAGCCACCCUCCCUGCAGCACUCCUGCACCUCAGGGAUUUCCUCUAGGUACUGUCCCCCUGCUGACUUUGACCGUGGUGCACAGAGCAGGCCUGCAUGCAGGAUCUCUGCCCUAAGCUGGGUAGGAAAGCAUCCCACACAUCUUUUUGUUUUUAAAAUUAUGCUCAGGGAUAUUUUUAUCUUGUUGGCAAUGCCCAUGAGGGCCCUGCAGACAGUCUCACCCCAACUACUCAGCCUUACCAUCCCCUCAGAUGGGAGGUCACCCCAAGCCUGGGUGAACAUUUUUGCUUCUAGAUGGGAAAGUUAAAGGUAGUUUAGCCACUCAUUUCCAUGAAUCUUCAAAGUGCUCUGUAACUCUGGGUAAGCUGUAGCAAUGUGAAAUAAUGCAGAUAUGUGGAAGGGAAGAAAUUCUGACCUUAUCUGCAUCUAUGAAGUUGGCUGUGCUCUAUUUGGCAUUUGAGGUGGAAGGAAGCUAGAGUCCCAGCAGAUGCCCAGUAUUAUCUCAUCUUCCUACUGGAAACCCUCUCACCCAGCAAAGGUCAAGGAUAAACAACUUACUUUCUCCUUCUUGCUUCUGGGACUUGGAAUAAAAUAAAAUGGAUAGAAACCUAGAGCCAGAGAUUUUGAUUGCAUCCUAACCACGACAUGGUAAAACAAGAUGAAAUCGUACUAAAAUUGAACCAUGUUAACCAGUAACCUCUACUGAAUUUGCUAAAACUCUCAGUUUUCUCAUCUCUAGCCUAUCUCCACUUACAAUAUCAAUGCUAAGAGUUAAAAAGCAGUGGAUGGUAUGCAUAUCUUUUCUGGUGUUCAAUGCAAAGGUGAGGGUUUCGAAGGCAGUACUGUCUUAGAAUUUCAGAUUCGCUGGUGUUCAUGUUACAUAGUUACCACUUGGUGGUCACUUGGAAGGCGCUUCUACUUCUGUGUAACUUUCUUCUGCGUUGGGUAUAAAUAUUCCUGGGAGGCUAAACAGAAAUGCUUUUUGUUUAGAUACAAGUCUUAGGCACGAGUUAGAAAACUGCUGACUGUAAUGAAAAUAUAUCAGCACUUAGUAGUAUCCAAUAAUAUAAAAAAUGUAAUUCAGAACAUCUGCAACUACA